AUGUCUGUGCCGUGGCAUACUUGGCGGGUCCAUUGAAGAAACUUCCCUUGGCUCAGGGAAGAAAGAAUAGAAGAGACGGAAGAGGCAAAAGCAAAUAAUAGAAUAGAUCUGACUCUCAUUUUCAGAAAGCAAAAUGGCUGGUUUCAGCGGCGAUGAAACUGCUCCGUUCUUCGGCUUCCUGGGCGCGGCGGCCGCCUUAGUAUUCUCCUGUAUGGGAGCGGCGUACGGCACGGCCAAGAGCGGUGUCGGCGUUGCUUCGAUGGGCGUCAUGAGACCGGAGCUGGUCAUGAAAUCCAUCGUUCCGGUUGUUAUGGCCGGAGUGUUGGGAAUCUACGGCUUGAUCAUCGCCGUCAUCAUCAGCACCGGCAUUAACCCUAAAGCCAAAUCCUAUUACCUCUUCGACGGCUACGCUCACCUCUCCUCCGGCCUCUCUUGCGGUCUUGCUGGCCUCUCCGCUGGCAUGGCCAUUGGCAUUGUUGGCGACGCCGGUGUUAGAGCAAAUGCCCAACAGCCAAAGCUUUUUGUUGGGAUGAUUCUCAUUCUCAUCUUUGCUGAGGCGUUGGCAUUGUAUGGACUCAUUGUUGGCAUCAUCCUCUCUUCCCGUGCUGGCCAAUCCAGAGCUGAUUAGUAUAAAAUUUCCUGUUGCUUGUAGCGCACUGAACCACGGAUUGGAUGGUGAAUGUCGCCGGGGACCAGGUCCUGUUAAGAGUUUAGCUUUGUGAUGCUCUGCAUUCGUCUUAUGAUAAAAUUGAGGUUGUCCUGAAAUAAAGCGUCUCAAACGAUUUCUUUCCAUUUAUUGUAUUUAAUUAUGUUGAGUCCAAACUAGAUUAGAGAUCUAUGUAAUAAAGCAUGUUUGUGUUUAUUUCAAUAGCAUUUAGUAUUGUGUCGUAUACCAUUCAA